AUCGAAAUUAAAAAAAUUACUAGUUUUUAUUAUUGUUAGUUUAUAAGAUUUGAAACAAUCAUGAAGGCGAUUUGGCUUCUAUCGCUGUUUGUUUGUACAGUGAUAUCCGACGAAGUACCAGAAUGGGGGCCACAAUACACAGUUAAAGGAACUCUUUUCAUACCAUAUGCCGAAAUUCAAGAACCUUUCUAUGCUUGGUAUGAUGAAAAUGCAAAAUCUUCAAGAAUUGAUUACUACGGAGGUAUGGUGAAGACUUACCAGUUAGCCGGAAAAAAUAAUAAUUAUGGUGUCAGCUUAAAGAUUGCUCCUGUUACUACAGAAGAAGAACAAAAUGCUGAUACUUGUCUGCAAAUUAAUGGAACUAAAGAACAAACCAUUAACAUUCAGCCUAUUCUUCCCGAUUUGAAAUUGUUCAAAAGAGUCGGCGAAGAAGAAAUUUUAGGACUGAACUGUGACAAAUGGAGUUUGAUCGACACCAUCGGCCACAAAACUAAUAAAUACACCAUGUGGGUCAGGUACAAGAAAUCUCACAAAAACUCCGCAGAACGUUUAUCAAUUCCUGUAAGAUACGAAAUGAAGGGAUACAAUUCACUUCUUGGAUCUCAUUAUGAUCAUUACUAUUUGGAAUACGAUUCUUUCAGCACAGAUGAUAUUGAUAACGAAGUUUUUGAAGUCGAUGAAGAUAAACCUUGCGUUGGUUUCCCCGGUCCAGGAUCAGGAACAGUUGCCACUUUUAAUCCAAUGAGGGAAUUCGUGCAUCCUCAUUUUACUGAACAUAUUGAUGAAGAAUUCCACCGAUUCAUCAAUAAACACGGAAAAAUUUAUAAUAAAAAUGAAGAACAUCAUUUCCGCAAAGAAAUUUUCAGACAAAACUUGAGGUACAUUUUUUCUAAGAAUCGUGCAAAUUUGGGAUACACUUUGACUGUUAACCAUUUGGCUGAUCGUACUGAAGCUGAACUUAAGGCUUUGAGAGGACACAGACCUUCCUCCGGUUAUAAUGGCGGUUUACCCUUUCCUCACAAUACCACCAAGGAAGCAAGAAAUUUACCAGAUUCUUUUGAUUGGAGAAUUUAUGGAGCUGUUACUCCAGUUAAAGAUCAAUCUGUCUGUGGUUCCUGCUGGUCUUUCGGAACAAUCGGAGCUAUCGAAGGUGCAUAUUUCUUGAAAAACGGCGGUAAUCUCGUGCGAUUGUCUCAACAGGCUUUGAUUGAUUGUUCUUGGGGAUAUGGAAAUAAUGGUUGCGACGGUGGCGAAGAUUUCCGCGCCUACCAAUGGAUGAUGAAACAUGGAGGAAUCCCUACUGAAGAGGAUUAUGGUGGUUACUUGGGACAAGAUGGUUACUGCCAUGUCAACAACGUUACUUUAGUUGCUCCCAUCACAGGGUAUGUCAACGUAACUCGUAACGAUGUUGACGCUAUGAAGGUUGCCCUUCUUAAACACGGUCCAAUUUCGGUGGCCAUUGACGCAUCACACAAAACAUUCAGUUUUUACUCCAACGGCGUUUACUACGAACCGAAAUGUGGCAAUAAAGAGGACGAGUUAGACCACGCCGUAUUAGUAGUCGGUUAUGGUGAAAUCAACAGCGAACCUUACUGGUUGGUCAAGAAUUCCUGGUCGAAUUUGUGGGGAAACGAUGGUUAUAUUUUGAUGUCCGCCAAAAAUAAUAAUUGCGGAGUUUUGACUGAUCCAACUUAUGUUACUAUGUAACUUACUUUUUAAGAUUUUGAUUUUUUUACAGGCAUUGUAAAAUUGAUGUUUAGCUUUAAACGAAUCCAUAUGGAAAGAUGAGAAUAAACAAGACUUAGAUUAAAUAUUUGCAUUUU